UGCCUCUUGAGAAAGCUCCUCCCAUUUCUCUGUAGGGGAAUACGGCCGCCAGUCUGAUAGACCACGCCCCUGGUGUCUGGGACCUGAGAGGAGUCUGGGAUUAGGAGGAUAACGGGGCGGUGAGGCUCCAGGUCUAUUUCCAGCGCGGCUUCUUUUGGCCCUUCUGUACGCAGAGCCGGCUCGUCUGUGAGGAGACCUGAGGGAGAUGUGGCAGCCGGCGAGUGAAAGGCUGCAGCACUUCCAGACCAUGAUAAAGUCCAAGCUGAAUGUGUUAACCCUUCACAAGGAGCCUCUUCCAGCUGUGAUCUUCCAUGAGCCUGAAGACAUCGAACUUUGCACCACAACGCCUCUUAUGAAGACCCGACCUCACACAGGCUGCAAGGUGACGUAUCUGGGGAAAGUAUCCACCACUGGAGGUCAGUUUUCUUCAGGAUGCACAGAGCAGCCAGUGAUUGAGUUGUGGAAGAAGCAUACCCUUGCCCGGGAAGAUGUUUUCCCCUCUAACGCUCUCCUUGAAAUCCGCCCCUUCCAGGUACGGCUUCACCACCAGGACCUAAAGGGUGAAGCUACUGUCCACAUGGACACUUUUCAAGUGGCGCGCAUAGCCUAUUGUACAGCCGAUCACAACGUGAGCCCCAACAUCUUUGCCUGGGUAUACAGAGAAAUCAACGAUGACCUGAGCUUCCAGAUGGAUUGUCAUGCCGUCGAGUGCGAGAGCAAGUUAGAAGCUAAAAAGCUGGCACAUGCCAUGAUGGUGGCAUUCAAGAAGACCUUCCAGAGCAUGAGGAGCGAUGGGCGAAUCCACAAAGAUAGCUCAUCAGAGGAGGUGUCUCAGGGAUUCGAGUCCGAUGAUGGUUGAACUUUUCUUUUUCUGGGGGAAGGCAUCAACAGUGUGAAGCAGCAGCUGGUGAAUGGUCCAAAUUGGGAGUGGGACUAGAGGACAUUAUCUGGCCAGCAUCCUACAGAAAAGUGCACCUAUAUCGAUGCAACAUGAAAGUGUCUGUUACAGUGCUACUUUCCCAAAAAUGUGACAACUCUUCUUCUUUCUCCCCACCGCCCUUUCAACUCUAAUUACAUCCUUCCUUCCAGUGCC